CCCUUCGCCACAUGACUGCUCUCAUGUCUUUUUGAUAAGAAACCUAUUGAUUUAAUUCAAAGCUGCUAAUUUGAGAAGAGAAAAGUUCCUUCGACUUGAAGAUCUUUUUUCUUGGAAAAUCUUGAUGAGCUUAAUCGAGACGAAGAGAGAAUACAAGUAAAAAAGGGAAAAUAAAAGAGCAAAAGGCGAAAGGUAGGGUCCAUAGCACCCGGAUACUAUAUAUAUGCGAAGUUUCUGCCAGAGGUCCUUUAUUGUGAGAUCCUGUGUGUCUCCUCGUGCGUUCUGUUGGGUGUCGCUUCUUCUUCUUACGUCGGCAGAUUGAGGUGUGGCAAAAUGGGAAGUGCUGGUAAUACUGGAACCAUGUAUGGUGAAUACACAUACGAUAAUUUGGAAAGAGAACCUUACUGGCCUUAUGAGAAACUGAGGAUUUCCAUCACUGGUGCCGGCGGGUUUAUUGCUUCACAUAUCGCUAGGCGCUUGAAGAGCGAGGGUCAUUACAUCAUUGCCUCCGAUUGGAAGAAAAAUGAGCACAUGACAGAGGACAUGUUCUGCCAUGAGUUUCAUCUUGUGGACCUACGGGUGAUGGAUAACUGCCUCAAGGUUACCACUGGCGUCGACCAUGUUUUUAAUCUGGCUGCAGAUAUGGGGGGGAUGGGCUUUAUCCAGUCUAACCAUUCGGUGAUUAUGUACAAUAACACGAUGAUCAGCUUCAACAUGCUCGAGGCUUCCAGGAUUAAUGGUGUUAAGAGGCUUUUUUAUGCAUCUAGUGCUUGCAUAUACCCAGAAUUUAAACAGUUGGAUACUAAUGUUAGCCUCAAGGAGUCUGACGCCUGGCCUGCAGAACCUCAAGAUGCAUACGGCUUAGAGAAACUUGCAACAGAGGAGCUAUGCAAACACUACAAUAAGGACUUUGGGAUUGAAUGUAGAGUUGGUCGUUUCCAUAAUAUCUAUGGACCCUUUGGAACAUGGAAAGGUGGAAGGGAGAAGGCUCCUGCUGCUUUCUGUAGGAAGGCAAUUACUUCAACUGAUAGGUUUGAGAUGUGGGGCGAUGGCCUGCAAACACGAUCUUUUACUUUCAUUGAUGAAUGUGUCGAAGGUGUCUUGAGAUUGACGAAGUCAGAUUUUCGGGAGCCCUUGAACAUUGGUAGCGAUGAAAUGGUCAGCAUGAACGAGAUGGCAGAAAUUGUGCUCAGUUUUGAGGACAAGAAUCUCCCCAUCCAUCAUAUCCCUGGUCCAGAGGGCGUCCGUGGCCGCAACUCAGACAACACACUGAUAAAGGAGAAGCUGGGUUGGGCACCAACAAUGAAACUGAAGGAUGGUUUGAGGAUCACGUACUUUUGGAUAAAAGACCAGAUUGAAAAAGAAAAGACACAAGGGGUCGAUUUAUCAAUUUAUGGAACAUCUAAAGUGGUUGGCACCCAAGCCCCAGUUCAACUUGGUUCACUUCGGGCUGCUGAUGGAAAAGAGUGAAGUUGUAGAUCAAGUUUAACCAAUGUUUAAUAUUAAUCGGUCUCAGUGGAGGGACUUGAAUUUAAGCCACUGUUGAACUUCCAGGUUGCUGUAUGCUUUCUUGAUCAUGUUAGUGCACAGUGAGCAUUCUCCUGGCUGCAAUGUAUUUUCUAGUUUUUCUUAGGAGGUGCAUGGUAUUUUUCUUCAUUGUAUAAGUGGCGGUGAUAUGCCACUAUUACCAUGUGUUGUUCUGUGUUGGCAGCCAAUGUUUUCUCUGAUGCCCUUGAGAUAUCGUGUUAUAUUUAUAUCAAAUAUUAGCAAGCAGAUAUCUUAUUUCUAUA